GCAGCGGGGAGUCGACCGGGCUUCAGCCUAUCGCUUAUCUGCAGACGGCCCGGCUGGUCCGUGACGUGCGGACGGCCCCGGAGGAUCAGUAGAUGUGCUGUUGUCUCUGCUUCCUCGUUAGGAGCCGCCCUGCACGAAGAAAAUACAGCCACCUAGCAAGAUCUUUGCUGGAAUAAAGAAUGGGCACCAUGACGUCAUCAGACAACGGCCCCACAUCCUUAGCGCUAUCCCUCCAGGACAUCAAGAUUGACACGACCUAUGACCCCAACAGCCUGGCCUUCGGAGUAGACCUGGUGGGAGCCGCCAAGAAGCUUCUGGAGUUCUUACACCUGGUGGACAGAUGCCCGAUCCUGUACGACGAGGCCAUCGUGUUGGAGGCUAUCAGGAGAUACGAGCUGUUCUGGCUCCCCCUAGCGGCACAACACGGAGGUGAACUUCUCGCCGCCCCGCUGGAUAUUGCCUGGAUUUGGCACGUGCACCUCCUGGCGCCGUACUAUUACGAACAGGACUGCCGGAACCUCGUCAACACCACGGUGGACCACAAAAUACUGGUGGGACACGAACGGGAGGUGGGCCAGCUCAGAGCACAGGCACUGUGGGAAAAGGAGUACCCGAACGAGCCCUUCGUCAUCAGCUAUCACGUGCGCCACACCGACUUCAAAAGUCAGAUCUCCUACAACCUGCAGUUAGCGGUCGCCCGCCAGAGGGUGUUUUUCUACCAGGUGUCGCUCUCUCACUACGGGGACAACAAGUUCCUGGAGGCGGCCAAAGAGCGCUACAAGAAAUACCUGUUCCUGAAACAGACGAACCCAAAACUGUUCCUGGUACCGUGUUACGACUUUGACCUCAUCUGGCAUGCUCACCAGAACUACCCGGCCAUCUACAAGAGCGACACCGACAACAUUCUCGGUAGAAUGCUGAACCAUGACGACUCCGUGAACGACCGCUCCCCGGGCUCCAAACUCCUCCUCUCCGACACGCAGACCAGACAACUCUGGAAGAAAACGUUCAACGAGGACUUCGCCCUGAACGGCGCCAUGUUCCGCGGAGAGCCCCCUAGCGCUUUUCUAGUGCCCGCCAAGACAAUGAACGCGUACGCCACCAGGCAGUGCACGAUCGUACUGCAGGAGGUCUACAUUUUGAACCUGCCCUCGGAUGACAACUUUACGGUGAAGGUGGACAUAGCGGGAGGCGGGAGAAUUUGCAAACUUGGAGGAUCUAACAAGUCUUGGAAGGGAAGAUCGUCUGAUGGGUUGGCCAAAUUCCGUUUUGACACGGCCGUCCACGCCACGCUCAAAUUCGACGUGGAGGCGAAGAAGCUUUUUGUGAAGGGUUUUCACGGAACGGCGGCGGUCCCCAUCGCCAAUGACCUUGUCAACGUUGCGGAGGAAGGUCAUCAUAUUUCUCACAGCACGGAGCUCAUGAGCGAGGACGGGAACCCGUCAGGAGUCACCUUGAACUUUACCAUCAAGGUGACGUCAAUACGGAAGGGCCACUACAUUUUCAACAUCCGUAGUGGACAGUACGAGUCCUCGAACGUUCCCGACAUCCUCCACGGCCACAUCCCUCUGGCCCGUCCGAGUGAGAUUUCCAACAAGUGUGAGACCGCCGUUCACAAGGUGUACCCCCGGAUUUCAGAAGGGUGCGUCGCCUUCACCGUGCGCGUCAUCCACUCACAGGAACUGAUGAUGUCAGCAAUUCAAGUGUACGCACGAGAGAGUGACAUGGCGGCGACUGCGCAUCUCAUCGGCCCCGACACACUGCCCACCAGACAACAGGUUACAGAUGAGGGAGCCUACUGCACAUUAGACCACUCGUCAGGGGAACGUGCCAUUCUCAUCAAGGGGAAGUCAGACUGGGGCAUCUGCGUGGGGAAGUGGGAGGGUUUCCGGCCCGGCGUGCCCGGCAAGCCCGGAGUACCGUCCAUCGACGGCCGCCCGCCCAUCAAGGGCGUGAAGGGUAUCCCCAUGAACCCCGGACAUUUGAAGGUUGGUUUCUACAGCCUGCAGGGGAAGCAGGGCUGGCAGCUGGCCGUACGGAGAGACAAGGGCAUGACGUUCCAGAUGGACUGCGUCAGCGUCAACAUCACCAACGGCAAGAUUGUCAUCCCCGCACACGUGGAACACGUCCCAGAGGCGAUAGCCCUCGCCUUUGCUAUCUCGGUGUUGUGGGUGCUCUGCAAUCCCAAGUCUAUCCGCCAGACACCACAGGUGCAACAGCACCACGUGCACCAUUCCUGUAACCAGCCACACCCUCAACAACAACAACAACAACAACAACAACAGAAGCACCAGAGCAACGCGCACAGAUCAGGUGAUCAGGACCAACGCUCUACAAAGUGGGGCAAUAUGGAGUUUGAGACCAUGCUGAUGAUCCUGGCAGCAGGAUACGGGCGGCCCAUCCCGAUCUACCAGUACCCGGGUGCUGGUGCACAGUGCGGGGCGUGCGGGGGCUGUGGCGGGUGUGGAGGGUGUGGGGGCUGCGGCGGGUGCGGUGGCUGUGGAGGGUGUGGCGGCUGA